AUGUCCUCGACGGCAGUGAUUGUACCAUACUUCUCAGGCGCCCAACCCUUAACCAACCCUAAUCUACCCCAACCUCCCCCCCUCUCCAAACCCCAGCUGUUGAGGUUGGUAAAACAUUGUCCGCAUCUCUCCAACAACAACAACUACUACUACUGCUACUGCUACUGCUACUGCUACGACGACGACGACGACGACGACGACGACGACGACGCGAAGACGGACGAAAACACUACGGAAAAGCUAAAUAUCAGUCAGGCCACCCUUUCAUGUGAAAAGCCCGAGUGUUUUUGUCUCUGGGAACUAUUACCUCACUGCCCUCUGGUAAAGAACGGACAUCGGCAUCUUAUCUUGCUCCUGGCUGUUUUUGCUCACGAUGACAGGGUGAAAUUACCAGCCCGACUUGGUUCUCUGUCUGCGUCUAAACGAGCAUCAAUCAAUCAAUGA